CCUCGGACGGCCUCCCCGGCUCUUGGCCAAGACCUUCGGUUGAGCGGCUGCGCAGCGCCCCUUUACCAGGGCAGCGGGAGGGCUGCUCUCGGCCGGAGGGGGGCGCGCAGAGGCUGGAGCGAGGCGGGCCGGAGCCUGAACGAGCGAGCGCCGCCUCGUCCCCCAGCAAGGCUCUCCCAGCGGCCCCGAUGGCUGCCGCGCCGCCCUUCCCCAGACGCUGCCCGCGCCGCUUGGCCCGCCCGCUGCGGUGGCUCUUGGGCUGCCUGGCGCUGCUGUCGGCGCUGAGUUUCCUGGUGGGCGGCGGCUACGAGGAGCUUCUCUCGCGCUCGCUGCCCCUCCUGCUGCCCGGCCAGCCUCUCGCCGCCGCCGCCGCCGCCCGCCCGCCGCCGCCCGCCGCCGCCUUCGCGCUCUCCCCGCCGGCCUGCGCGGCGGCGGCCGGAGCCCCGGGGCUGCUGGUGCUGGUGGCCAGCGCUGCCGGGCACGCGGCGCGGCGGGCGGCGGUGCGGGCGAGCUGGGGGUCGGCGCGGGAGGCGGGCGGGCUGGCGGUGCGCACCGUCUUCGUGGUGGGGCUGCCCGCGGAGGAGGAGGAGGAGGCGGCGCUGCAGGCGGCGCUGGAGCGGGAGGCGGCCGAGCGCGGGGACCUCCUGCAGGGCCGCUUCGCCGACACCUACGCCAACCUGACGCUGAAGACGCUGGCGCUGCUGGGCUGGGCCGCCGCCCGCUGCCCCGCCGCCCGCUUCGUGCUCAAGGCCGACGACGACGUCUUCCUCAACCUGCCGGCGCUGGGCCGCCACCUGCGGACGCUGGACGCCGCCGAGCGCCUCUACCUGGGCCGCGUCCACUGGAGGGCCGCGCCCAGCCGCGACCCCGCCAGCCGCCACUACGUGCCCGCCGCGCUCUACCCGGAGCCCGCCUUCCCGCCCUACUGCAGCGGCACCGCCUACGUCCUCUCCGGCCCCGCCGCCGCCGCCGUCCUGGCCGCCGCCCGCCACCUGCCGCCGCUGCCCCUGGAGGACGUCUUCGUGGGGCUCUGCGCCCGCCGCGCCGGGCUCUUCCCGCGCCACCUGGCCCGCAUGGCCGGCUCCGCCCGCUUCCCGCCCGACCCCUGCUGCUACCGGGAGGUUCUCUACAGCGCCCACCGCGUCACGCCCGCCCAGAUGCUGGCCAUGGCCGCCCAGCCCCCGCGGCCCUGCUCCGCCUGGCACCGGCUCCUCGGGCUGGCCCGCUGCAAGGCCAUCAGCUGGCUGGCCGGCGACGACGGAGGAGAGGCGACCGCGGGACCCGGCCCCCCUCGGAAGGCUGCGGCCCUUCGGCGGAGGACGGAGCAGGGCGCCUCCCGCUCAUCGGUCUUCCCGGCGGCCCUUCCCCGCUGAGCGAGCGACGGACUCCGAGAGGACCUUAUGCGGCAGCGGCCGGGGAGAAGCUGCCCCACAGACCUGAGGGGCGUCUGAAGGGGCCUGGAGAGCAGCGAGGCUGCGGGACCCUCCUGCCAGCUGGAACGGGGGCUGUGAAGGCCGCAACUUUGCCCUCAGCGGGGAGUUCAGGCUCUGGGGGGCCCAGGAGCAGCCCUGCACUUUCCCAGGGGCCCCUGGAGUUGGGGGCGAGGGGGCUGCAGCCCUUUACCUGGGGGUGGGUGGGGGUCCUGUGUGACAGGAAGCCCCCUGCAGAACCCAAUGAGCGUAUUUCUUUUGGGGGGGGUUGCUUCUCUGCCCC